AUGCCCGCAAACACAUCGGUGCUCGGCAAAAUCCGGGUCAAACUCGCCAUCGAGGCGUCGAAUGAGAAGCUGCUCUGGCCGUCCCUCGACGAGGUGAAAGACGAGGACGACGACGACGGCGUGCGGUUCUCCGACGGCACCUCUUUCAAGCUUGAGGAAGGCAAGUCCAUCAAUGGACGCACAGUCUUUGAAGGAGAUGGCCACCUCAAGGAAAACGACUUCGUCCACAGCUUCCCUCGCUUCCUCGACCGGAAGAUGAUGAAGGUCCUUACCAUCCAGGUCUCGCGCCACGUCGCGCGGUGGCACUCGAACUUGGCAGACGCCAACACGGCCGUGCUCCGUGCCUGGCUUGAUGACUUCACUGUCGAUGGAAUCCCGCCAGGAGCACACACUCUUUGCGUCCGUGGUGAACUCGACAAGUGGGCACUCGGCGACUUCCUCCGCAGCUCGCGUUCAGACGGCCUCCAUGUGCUCCAGACCGACGGCGGCAACGGCCGCGCCAAGUUCAUUCCCGGCCACUACCUCCAAGAGGUUGUCGAGGCCCUCGAGAACUCGAACACGUCGCUCACUGUUUUCUGCGAGGUCCUCGACCCCCAGCAAGUCGCCCGCACUGUGGCCGUGAACCCCCCAUACAGCUGGCCUCGGGCCCGCGAGGUGACGACGACUCCGGCACAUGGCGACAACUGCACUUGCUGGAAGGACACUGUCUACUCACAGGGACGCACCCGUAUCGUGCGUCGCCUCAAGAAACUCCUGGAACGGAACAAGGAGCUCAACAAUCGUGUCAAGUGUGCGGUCGCCGACGUCCUUAUACCCGCGCGCGUGCUGCUGUACGCCAAGAGCCAGCCGGUCCCGAUGGUGUGGAAGUGGAACUGGCGUUGGUCGGCGGGCCUCUGGGAUGAGAAGAGGCAGUGGAAGGCCAAGCGAGUGAAGCAGAACAAGACGGCACCAGCCUCCAGCAGCCUCCCGACUCCCAGCCCCCUGACCAAGCUCCCCGCCGAAGUCCUGGAGCGCAUCAUCAAGUAUACUGCGGACGACGCCGAAGCCCUCACCACCGACCAGUGGUGCCGCUUUAUGCGCUGUGUGCGCGAUCGCGACGCGUUCCGGUCCCAAUCGCGGGCAACUGCUGACUUUGAGGGCCCGGAAUUCGCGGUCACCAUGGACGAGUGGCUUCACAAUGGCAAGAUGUGGUGGGACCGCGGUGUUCCGCCGGCCGAGACGCCCCCUGCCAAGAGGCGCAAGGUUGCCGGCGGCGAGUAG